UUUUGAUUGGCGCCAGACGUCGAAGAAGAGUCACUUCCGCCGAGAGUUAAUGGCGGUUGCGAGGGUGGACUGUAAAUAUAUCAGCUGCCACAACUGUCGCUGCCUUGAGGAAAAAUUCGCCUUCCGGUGGAAGAAAAAACAUACGCGUUCCUAAUGGAGGAGGAAGAAGGAAGAGAGGAAGACUCGGAGUGUGGGGUGGCUGAGCUCCGUCUGAGGGUUGAGUCGCUGAAGCAGGAGCUGAAAGAGUGCCGUGCCGAGCUGACCAAGUUAGAGAAGCAGCUGAGCAACUCCGAGAGACUGCAGAAGAGCACCGAGAGCUACAACGAGGACCUGAGGAAGCAGGUUGACCAGCUCAGCGCAGAGAUUCAUGAGCGAAAGAAGAAAGAAAAAAGCAGGGUAAACCGGGAAACUCAGACGGAAGAAUACGUAUGGACAGAAACAGAUUACUACAAUUACUAUUAUGGAGGUUACAGUCAGAACGCGGAGGGGGCUGAAUCCCAACAAAGUCUGGAGACGGCGCCAGCAGCGGUGGCUGCGGAGGUCAGCGACUACACCACAGCAGCAGAAGCACUACCGACAAAUGAAGCAGCAGAUGUGACCGCUCCUGCAGAAAGCAGCGAAGUAGCUGCAACGGAGGGAGGUGAUGUGGGCUCCAUAGCCGACAUGCUCAGGGCCACGGCUGAAGAAGCCAUGACACAGACUGGCUUUGUCUUUGAUGAGACGACUGGGAUGUAUUAUGAUCACAGCACAGGCUUCUACUAUGACUCGGUCAGCCAGCUGUACUAUGAUGCCAACACUGGCAUAUACUACUACUACGAUGCAGAAAGUGGACGGUAUCAGUUUCAUUCCAAGAUUGAAGUUCCUGCUGUCCAGAGUGCUGUUGAAUCUCUGCCAGAGAAUGUUCCUGACAAGAAAUGGAGAAAGUUCCCAAAAGGAGUAAAGAAGUCAUCUUAUCAGGAUGGGGGGGAACACAAAGGGGAUGAGGCAAAGUUGGAAACAGAAGAAACUGAACGGGCCGAGUCCCGAAAACUGCAUCAAAGGUCUCGUAGCCCAGAAUUGUCAAAGAGUAAAAGAGACUCUUCAAGACGGGGGAAAGAAAGGGACAAAUCGCCGUCGAGGAGAAAGAGGCUGAAAAAUGGCUCCCACCACGAGGAUAGGAGCAGUUCGAGGAAGAAGAGGAAAAAAUCCAAGUCGGAAAAGAAGAAGAGGAAAAAGAAGAAGAAGAAGAGCCUGGCUCGGAGCGAUGAGUCUGAGGCCAACAGUGAGCCAGAGGAGGGUGAGAUCACAGAGUCUGAGAGAGAGGACUGUGAGUCCACCUCAUCACCUUCAUCGUGUUCCAGCCCCAAACAUUCCAGGGAGAGUCCAGAGUCAGAAAUGGAAGUGCAGAGCCAAGAAGUGAAUAGCUUUUGGCCUCCGUGUGUAAGAGUGACCGUGGUCAGGUCUCCGGUGCUGCAGGUGGGAACCCUGUUCAUCAUCACAGCCGACUCUUCAGCCACAUUCGGCAGAGAAAAAGAGAUGAACCAUGCAGUUCGAAUACCAGAGAUGGGAGUCAGCAAGUUCCACGCAGAGGUGUAUUUCGACCAGGAACAGCAGAGCUAUAUGCUGGUGGACCAGGGAAGCCAGAACGGGACGGUAAUCAAUGGAAACCGUAUCUUACAGCCCAAAACCAAGUCGGAGCCUCAGGCUCUCAUGCACGGAGAUGAAGUUAAGAUGGGGGAGACGGUGCUGUCCUUCCACAUCCACUCAGGCACUGAUACCUGUGAUGGUUGUGAACCCGGACAAGUGAUGGCUCACAUCAGCAAGCACAGGAGAGAGGAGACCACGGACGGUCCAGGCCUCAGCAAAGAGGAUAAAGAAUCCCUGAGACAGAAAGAGCUGAAGCAAAUGAAGGCCAAAUAUGGCCUGCAUAGCAAUGAGUAUGAGGAGACCAAAUCCCUGAAGAACCCUAAAUAUAAGGACAGAGCAGAGUCCCGGCGGCAGACUGUCGGCAGCGAAGGUGUUUUCCAGAGAGAUGAUGCCCCAGCUUCUGUGCACGAGGAGAUCAGUGAAGUCAACAAGGGGAGGAAGAUGCUGGAAAAAAUGGGCUGGAAAAAAGGAGAAGGACUGGGAAAGGAGGGAAGGGGGAUGAAGGAUCCGAUCGAGCUGAAAAUCAGAAAGUCCCAGUCAGGUCUGGGAGCGGGUGGCGUCAUGUCCGUGGACGACGUCUCGGCACCCCGAUCCAAGUCCCACAAGAACUGGGAGAAAGCUCGCGAGCGGUUCGCCGAUUCUUGUCUUCCCAACCUGCUCACGACCAAAACCCAGCAGAGUAAAGCCUGGAUCCGGUCAGAGGAGGCGGAGAACUUGGAAACCAGUUUGGAAACAGGCAGCCAGAAUCAGGAAUAACUUCUGCCUGAACUCAUUGUUGGUUUAAUGUGGAGGAGAGGAGGGAGUGUCCUCAACGUCCCAAUAAAAUAUGACUACAUUAAAGCUUGAGUAACUCCUGGUUUUGUCUAACAAUACCACUGGAACUGGUUUAAAUGUUUGCUUUUCCUCCUGUUGGUGUGAAAUAGUGCUGUGCUUCAUCCUGGUUUCUAGAAAACAACCACAAAAAAGAAGCUUAUGCAUUUUUGUUUUCUUUCUGUAUGGAAACUGUUCAAGCUAAAAACAGGAGCUGAAGCUGAUCUGCAGGCCACAAGCCGCCUCAAGCAAACAUUGACACAGUCAAGCUAAAUUUCUCACAGUGAGAUCGUACUGUAAUAAAGCAACUAUGGUUCUAUCCUAAAAAAAAAAAAAA